AUGGCCCAAUCCGUGCCCCCAGGAGACAUCGCCACGCAGCCGAACGCGAAGAUCGUGUUCAACGCGCCGUACGACGACAAGCACACCUACCACAUCAAGGUGAUCAACUCGUCGGCCCGCCGCAUCGGAUACGGAAUCAAGACGACGAACAUGAAGCGUCUCGGAGUGGACCCGCCGUGCGGAGUGCUCGACCCCUAAGGAGGCUGUGCUUCUCGCCGUCUCGUGCGACGCGUUCGCCUUCGGACAGGAGGACACGAACAACGACCGCAUCACGAUCGAGUGGACCAACACCCCCGACGGCGCCGCCAAGCAGUUCCGUCGCGAGUGGUUCCAGGGAGACGGAAUGGUCCGUCGCAAGAACCUCCCGAUCGAGUACAACCCAUAG